AUGGACCUACCCAAACAAACAGUCUACGUGAUUGUCCCUUCACCAGGACCCUCAAUUGAAAGCGACCGACUUCACCUCCGGCCCGUCGUCGACGACGAUGCCUCCGCCCUCUUCGCCAUUCGCGCGCGGCCAGAAGUUGCAGAAAUGAACGACCCCAAAACACCCUUCCAGUCCAUUGAAGAAACCCGUGAAUGGAUGGCGACGAAGGUGUUUACGAGUGGUCCGGCCGAUGUAAUCGGACGUUCGUUCUAUUAUGCCAUUCUGGAUAAGUCGAUUCCUAGAGCAGAACAGCUCGUUGGAUACAUCAGUAUUAACCAGGUAGACCCGUUUCCUGAGAUUGGGUUUGCGUUACAUCCUGAUUCUUGGGGGAAGGGGUAUGCAACUGAGGCUAUGAGGCUGAUGUUGAAGAUGUGGUGGGGUCUGGAACGGCGCCAUUUGGACGAGAGUGAUUGUUCGGAGGUGGAGAAAGCGUUUGCGCUGUGUCAUCAGAGGAAUGCUGGGAGUUGUCGCGUGUUGGAGAAGUGUGGGUUCAAGAAUGUUGGGGAGUUUGUAUAUAAGGAUGAUGAGCUUUUUGUGUAUGCGUUGGAGCGGCCUUAG